UUGUUCGCCACACGUGCAAGCGAUUUUGCCCCCGAUCUACGAAAGUAGCGAAGCUAGUGUUAUCGCGAUGCUUUGCGUCGGGGAGCUCGGCACGUCGCUUGACAUGGUAGGCUCUCACGUUUUAGUAGGUCGCGUUGUCGGCCGUGUCGCGUUUUGGUUGGACAGAAUUUGAAGCGAACAUUGCAAUUGGUCUUUGCGCUGGAGCUCGUUGGGGAUCAACCAUGGGGGAAGUGAUGUAUUUAACGCUCGCUAUAUGAGAUAUUGACAAGCUUGAAGAUCUGCACCACUCGACAAUGUCAGCGUCUUGUACACGCCAUCCUCAAGUCGAGGAUAUCCUGCAGCUCACUUGCCUUAUUGGCCAGCAUUGGGCAUGCCUUCGGUGUGCUUUCCGCAUACUUCGUUGAUACUGUUCCCAGCAUGGUUUUCACCUUCGGUGUCUGUACAGGUCUUGGAGCUGGAGUGGUGUUCAUCGCAGUAGGUGCUUUCAUAAAAGACUAUUUCGACGAUCGCAUGCAGAACGCGGUGCAAAGCGCUAACAUCGUUGCCUUCUGUAUGGCUGGUUGUAUUUUCCCAAAACUUUUGCUGUCGGCACGAACCGCGUACGGCUACGAUGGAUUCAUACUCGUCGAGGGAGCGCUCCUGUCGGUUGUGCCGGUGCUCUGCUGUUUUCUUAAGUUUUGUAGCAGAAAACGAACUCCUCAGCAGCGCCCUCUGUCCACCGUGAGCACCAUCACCACGUCCCAUGAAGUAUCGACUGCGGAGAAACCUCACCGGCCACAGUACACGUCCAUCUUCCGUGCUCCCAUGUUCUACCUGGUCACCGCAUCAAAUGCGGUGUUCAUCUACACCCUCACUCUCUUCAUGUCAUCACUUAUCGAUGUCUCUUUCGACAAAGGAGUCACUCCCACGUACGCCAUAACCAUAAUCCCGAUAUAUUCGGUAACAGACAUUGUUGGAAGGGUCGUGGUUCCGGCGAUCCUGCCGACUAAGCAGCACCGCCGGAUAAUCUUUGCGGUUGACUACCUGGUGAUCGGCACUGUACUCCUUCUGGUGCCUCUUACAUACGACUACGUAACCCUGCUAUUUACUUGCCUGAGUAUGGGAGUGUUCAACGGUUCAGUGAUAGCCCUACAGAGCGUCCUCGUCGCCGAUUAUGUUCACAAAGAUCUCCAGCACUUCGCAAACAUUUUCAUCAAUAUACUCACGGGUUGUUCCUUCCUCACCAAACCCUUUGUCGCAGGCGUCUUCAGGGACGUGUUGGGCUCAUACGACCCUAUGCAGCAGAUGCUCGGUUCCCUGGUGCUGCUGAGCGGGGUCGCUUGGGUCGGCGUCAACUGUGUCAGGAUAACCUCCCGGAGAGCUACUUGGACUAAGGAUAAGCAUAAGCCACACACACAUGAACCUACAGAUGUAAGCCUGGUCAGGUAUCAGCUCCUGUAUGGAUAUUAGUCACUGCUCAGUCACGGGUAUCAACUAAGCUCUCGAUAAAAACAGUGAAUGCAAAAAGAAGAAAAUUCAUUCAGUCGUUGACAACGACAAUAAAAGAGAAGGCUUUUAUCUCA